UGUAUAAAAAAGUAUUUGCCGCGGCUGAGAGAGAGAAAAAGAGAUUUUAUAUAUAGAUAAAUAUCUAUAUGGAGACAAUUUAAAAAGAUAGCGACUCAUUUUGUUAUUGGUCCCGGGCGAGCGCUUAACUCAAAUUCCCGCUGCUGCUGCUGCUGCUGCUGGCCUGGCCCAAACCGUUGUUGGCCCGGCCCGUGUAAUUUGGCCGCAAAACGUUAACAAGCCGAGCAAACUACAAAACUGACAGCGAUCAUAACAAUAAAAAAGAUAGUCAUAAAAAAAAAAGAACGAAAGGAAUCGGGGAUAACAAGGCCAAGCACAAUGUCGGCCUGGUCCUUAGCCAAUUUCGGAUUACUCAACUGGCUGUUGUUGUUGCCGCUGCUGCCGCUGCUGCAAGGCUAUAGCGCUGCGUUGGCCCCAACACCAGCAACAACAACAUUAACAACAACAACAAUCUCGCCCUCAAAUCUGCUGCCCUAUUUCGACUUUGAUGUGCCGCGAAACUUGACCGUCACCGUGGGCCAAACGGGCUUCCUGCACUGCCGCGUGGAGCGACUGGGCGAUAAGGAUGUCUCGUGGAUACGCAAACGUGAUCUGCAUAUACUCACCGCCGGCAGCACCACCUACACCUCCGAUCAGCGCUUUCAGGUGUUGCGGCCCGAUAACUCGGCCAAUUGGACGCUGCAAAUCAAAUAUCCGCAGCCGCGCGACUCUGGCGUCUACGAGUGCCAAAUCAACACGGAACCCAAAAUGUCGCUCUCAUAUACAUUUAAUGUUGUGGAGCUCAAAGCGGAAAUCUACGGACCCAGCGAUCUGAUGGUGAAAACGGGCAGCGACAUUAAUUUAACCUGCAAAAUAAUGCAGGGACCGCACGAGUUGGGCAACAUAUUCUGGUACAAAGGCAGCGAAAUGCUCGAUGGCAAGAACGAGAACGAAAUCGACAGCUCCAUGGCACGCAUACUCGUCGAGGAUGAUUGGUCGGAUGGCCUGACUUCCAGACUAAAAAUCAAGCGCGCGAUGCCCGGCGACACCGGCAACUACACCUGUGUGCCCACCGUGGCAAAAACCUCCAGCGUCUAUGUGCACGUAAUUAUUGGCGAACACCCGGCGGCCAUGCAGCACAAUUCGAGCAGCAACAGCAACAGUUUCUAUUGCGGCAUUUGUUGCAUGCUGCUCAGCAUCGUGUCCUGCUGCCUGCAGCAUUGGUAUGUGAGUGCGGCGCCGGCUGAGACAAUGGCCGCACUAUUGUUGCUGCCACCAAGGCAAUUGUCAAGUGAAGCAGUUGCAACAAAAUCGACAGCCCGCCCCCGCAACAGCAGCAGCAGCCGCCCUCAAAGUGGGCUGACCCUGGUGCAGUGUGUGAGUUGAAGGAAUGGAGCUGGCUUCUACUCGGCGAGCGCUCGAGGUGCUGGUGAUCAUGGACAUGGAUGUUAAUUGAGUUAAUGAUGCGAUUUUAGUUAAAUUGAUGGGCAUUCGUAUCGUUAGGUAAAUGCACUUAGUGAAUAAACAACAAACAUCUUUAGCUCUAAGCGAUUUUGCGUAAGUUAAGCCAAGCAGAACAAACACGAAAUCAACAAGGUAAAUAAAAAGCAAACAAAAUUAUAUAUAUACAAAGCCAAAUAACAGUGCAUAUAUACACAUAUAAACUAUACAUAUAUAAAACUUAACUAUUAUUUAAGCAAAAUGUAGUUGGGCAAAUGCACAGUUGCGCACAAAAGCGUGCGGACAGCUUAAAAGAAUUAUUUUUCACUGUAAUUCCCAAAUGGUUCAAGCAAUAAACCAAACAUAGCUCUUGUGUGCAGCUGCGUGCAUUUGUCUCCCUCACACACAUUCACAAGCCAAUAGCAAAUCGUUCAAAAUAAUAAAGAAAAAAAAACAUUGUCAUUAUGAAAUAAGACUUACUAGGCUAUAAAUAUGCUUCAAUUCAAUUCAAUCCAAUUGUUCAGUCAAUCAGUCAAUCAAUCAUUAUUUUGCAAUACUCUCUCGCUCUCUCACAUCUCUCUCUGCAUUUCUCACCCGUUUUCUAGCCCCAUCGAGCGUCUGCAUACUUCUGUAGCUAACUGUAUUACAUUCAAUUUGUUUACAGCCAUUGUGUACUCUAUUGUAAUUAAUAAGCAUUAAACACAAACAUAAUAUUUGCUGUAAAUAAACGCCAUUUUAAUGUUUAAGGCUCUAUUACAAUUUACAUAAAGAUAUAUAGCUGGAUAUAUGUACAUAUAUAUUCAGAGUUAGUUUUUUGGGGUGUGUCGCGAUUCGACUUUCAUUUGAUGCGCACUUUUCAAUCACGGCUAGUGGUCUUUCUUUUUAAAAAAAGGAAGCAAAAGAAA